GUGCGCGCCUUUACAUGCCGAUCUUCGGUCGCGUCGAACGCACGUAGCCAUAGAGCUCCCGCUGCGCGCCAACCUCCAUCGGAUUCCGAAUCUUUUUCCGAUACGAUAUUGUUUUUAAAUUCUUUCCGCGUCAAUUUCAUGUCCGUUUGUAAUUCGAAAUCAAACAAUUAGACUGUGGAACAUUUAAAUUUAAAAUGCGUUACAUGAUAGUGAAGUGAUUUUUUUAAAUAUUGUAUAAAAUGAAAUUAACCAUUUUAAUUUUUACGCUUGAUUAUUUGGAAGUUAUAAAAUAGUAAAAUGAGUUUUGUGAACUUAUUGGAAGGAUUGUGUCGUGAUUAGUGAACAAUUUUGAAAAACGGGUUAACUGCGAACUUUUACAAAAUGAAGAAAAUUAAUUGGAACUUUAAUGCGAAAAUUUUGUUUUUCUUCACAUCGAUGGUAGCUGUCGAUGCAAUUCAGCGAUUCAUUGAGAUGCCCACAUAUACCGAGGUCAACCCUGGCGAGGAUGCCCUACUUAAGUGCAGGAUAUCUGACAAGAAGGGCGUCUGCUCCUGGCAGAAAGACAAUAAGCCCGUGGGCAUCUACCGAGGGAAGUACGAGUGGGCGAACGAAGACAGUCCGAUGGGCGGUGAUUGUUCUCUUUGGGUGAGAGCUGCCACGCUGCAGCUGGAUGACGGCCAGUGGCAAUGCCAGGUCACCGCCAGCAACUAUGAUGUACAGGAUGCGCUAUCUAGUCCUCCCGCAGCGCUCGCCGUCCGUGUCCCACCACAGUCUCCACGAAUUCUCUACAAUGGAUCCCACGUCAUGCCCGGCCAGAACAUAACAGUGCCCGCCGGCUCUAGGGCAACAGUCGUUUGUGAAGCGAGAUACGGGAACCCGCCGGCUUAUAUUGAAUGGUAUUUAGAAAAAGAACGUCUCACAGCGUGGAGUCAAACGAACUCUUCAGAAGUUGAAAGACCGCGCGUGUGGGCAGCUAGGUCGGUUCUUGAACUAGGAGCCACCAGAUCGGCUCAUGGCCGACAACUGGCGUGCAGAGCUCACCAUCCGUCGUAUCCUGCGCCUUAUUACCGAGAUUCCUAUACGAUGCUUGAUGUCACUUUCGUCCCAGUUGUGACAAUAGUUGGUGCAGACUCGAGCACGUUAGCGAACUUGGAAGAGGGCUCCAGUGCCCUCACGUUGGAGUGCAAAGCCGACGGCAACCCCAGCCCUUACGUGUGGUGGACCAAAGACGGGCAGGUUAUCGCCACUAAUGGUCCCAAAUUGAUUUUGGCACCAGUUGCUAAGAACCAUUCAGGAAUCUACGGCUGUCAGGCAAGGAAUUCUCUGGGAACUUCAGAUUCUGUCAAAGUGGAAAUAGACGUAAAAUAUCCACCUCGAGUGACCUGGGUAGGACCCGACACCGUGGUUGAAGCAAACCUGUUCUCGCAAGUCACUUUGGAGUGCAAGGCUGAUGGAAACCCAAAACCGUCUUACCAGUGGUACCAUAAUCCGACUCCCGGCGCUUACAUAAAUGUGAUUCCCGAAGACGGCUACCCGAUAUCGUCGACCCCACAGCUGCAGCUUCAAAACGUUUCAUACGCGCAUCACGGCCGGUACACUUGUGUUGCCACCAACCAGAUAGGCCUUGAGGACCGAACUCAUCAAUCCGAGCCGGUGACCCUGAACGUGCUGGGGCCCCCGGUGGGGGCCGAGACGGGGUCCGCGCACGCGUGGAGCGGCGGCGAGGCCAAGGUCAGCGCCACCGUGUGCGCCGACCCGCCGCCGCGGAGGGCCGCCUGGCUGUGGGGCAGCCUGCGCCUCGACGUGCCUUCUCAGAUCGGGCGCUACCGCGCAGUGGAACCGACUGGCGCCAAUGGAUGCUAUCGUUACACGCUGCUGGUGUCUAACACGGGCACGGCCGACGCACGCGUCUACGUGCUCCACGUCGAGAACGAGAGAGGCUUCUCUUCGCAUGCCGUCUCGCUCAUUGUCCAUGACUCGCAUUUCUCGCUGACAGAGACGGCACACGUGGCGCCCCUCAUCGCCGGGGCCCUCGCGCUCGCCGCGCUGCUUGUCAUCGUGCUUUGCCUCAUCUUGCGGUGCAGACGUCGAAGAGAAAGCGUUGAAUACAAGACUGAUGAUUUAGAUAGCGAAAAGACAGUCCUACCUGCGGACGCAGUAUACGCUCCACGAGAAUCAAUGAGGCCUUCUGUAGGCGGGACUAUGACGGGGCCCCCGGGGGGUGCAAAUACGGGGGGCCCCGGUGGGCGCUACUCGCCGGGAGCGCUGCAGGUGCGCCGCGCCGCCGUGGUGCUGCAGCCCCCCACCACCGUGUGAUACACAAGCACAGGCAGCACUUACGUCGCUGGAAAGAGAAGCCAAAGAAAAUGUAUAUGCGGUUCUAGACCCGCAUAUACAAUAUGAGAUAACGAUUAAUAAGCACGGAGAACCGCCUAAGUACCUAUCGCUGUCCAAACCGUUGACGCACCAAAGAACGCUCUCUUCGGAACCAAAUAUCACACACGAGAUUAACAAUAACGAUUUUAAUGAAAAUCGGUUUUCCACCUUUAAACAAGGACCGCCUAAAGCCAGGCGAUCCAAUCGAGGUGAUCGGAAUAACCACGCAAACAAUCAAAGCUACGUUUGCAAGACUAACAAUGACAUAGAAUAUACAAAAGACCCGUAUUUUGGGAUAGCGAGAGGCGAUAAUGUAAAUACUAAUGAUUAUAGAAGUUCAAAGAAUUAUUCUAAAAUGUAUGAGAGGAACAACUCUGGGAGGAAAGACCGGAAAGAUAAUAAUAUAAAGCAGGACGUCAAAAGAGCUUCAAACCGUAGUCGAAGAGGAGACACUAACAGGAAAGUCGUUAGAGAGAAAGAGAGGGAACGCUCGUUUGAAGAAUUUGAUGCCCCGAACAAUGUUAAGCAGGAUUUCGUUGACGAAGAUUAUAAACCAAAGCCUGGAAAAGUUAAAGAGAUUGCCUCAAAGUUUAAUAGAGAUAGUAUGAACGUAUUGCCGUCGAAGAAGAAACGUCCCAAACCACUGCAAAGCUUUUGCAAUCAGGCCUAUUUGGAUCACAUCUUCCCAGAUGCUGUAGAAGUCUAGAGGAACUUUUUGUAUAAUAAUGAUUUGGUGAAGAUGUUGUAAGCGUUUUACUAAAGAUAAUAAUUAUAAAUUAAAAACAUUGCUGGCUUUUUUACUGUCAACUAUUAUUAAAUGAACUGAAAUUGUUGCAAGUACCGUUUGGAAUACUGCGGGCUCACACAUUUUAAUACUUUAGAGAGUGUCACUAAUACUGUCAGGUUUGUAUUCGUUAUAAGUCAGACUGGAUAAAAUUAAUUUUCGCAACUUGUGAAUAAUGCAAUAAGCGUUUUUUUUAAGAUAUAUAGUGCUCUAAUUUUUUCGACCUAGUUUUCAGUUUUAGUAAAACGCAAAUAGGAUCCACUCCUAUGUAAGAUGUCAUAAUAGAUCUCUAAUUAGUAUAAGUGCGAGAGUGAUUAGUUAUUAGGUGUACUUUCUCUCUUACUACACAUAUUUAUUCAUGAAAAAAAAAAACUGUAGAAGCAUAAUCAUGUAUGAACGCAAAAUUAAGCUUAAGCACCGAAAUGAGCUUUUCAAUUAAAAUGUAACAUUAAUUAAAAUGAAUGAAUGUUCUUUUGUACGAUAACUUCCAGUUAUAAUUAUGUGUUUAAAUGAAUUUGUGCAUUUAUUUUUAAAUAGAUGUCUAUCUUAUGCCACAAAGUUGUAUUUGUUACUCAUUAUUUCAUUAU